AUGGCAACGGUGAAGUCCCUGGGGCUGCAUCAGCCCUCAGGGCUUCGACAUGCCGUCGACGAACAAUUGCUGCCUCCGAGCCCGCCAGCGACAUCGUAUACAUGGGAUAUCCUGACUGAAGACCGAGACAAUGGCGACUAUGAAGAUGAGCUGCUCACGACGGAACGCUGUGUCAUUUGGUGUCGAGGCGGAAUAUUUCAGAAGACCUUCAGAUUCGACCUGGAGAAGGAACCCAUUAUACAAGCACUUCUAGCAUACUUCCCGACCUCCGAAGACGACAAAGCGAGCAAUGAUGCAGAAGUCAAGUUGGAUAAGCGGCCGGCGUUGUCAAAGGCCUUGGUUGUUUUCCUCAAGACUCAGGCGCACAUCUAUUUCUUGUCUGGAACCAGUCAUGUCGUCCAUAUGCCCUUCGAAGUCGAAUCCGCCUUUGCAGGCCCUGUCGGAGUCAUCAUUCAGCGAAAGCAAAAGGCCGAGAGUGUUGCGCCCAUAUCUCUCAAGUUCCCCCGGGUUCCACCAAACUCGUUUGUCUCUUCGCAGUUGACAGCAUUCAACAGCUCUCAACAGACUGCUUUCUCUGUUGAAGGCUUGGGGAAGCCUAAACCGCUCCCAUUACAACUGGGCUCGACCUUGGACAACCUGUGGGAGGCCCCAUUGGAACAGCCAGAGUCGCGCUGGCCGCGCCUCGUCUCCUUGACCGACCCUUUACUUGAGCUCGGCUUGGUUGUCACUAACCAAGAUCCUCAAAAUGCCAAGAGUAUGCGGCAAACAGUCUCCAAAAAGCUGGCAUUCCUUGAUGCGGCUGAGGAAGUCCUUCAUGUGGAGGAAAUAAAGAUCCCUGGCGCUUUAACCCAAGAUCUGAGCCAACCGUUGAUCAUUGCGGUGACAAUCAACCGCGAGACAAGCGAGUACACUGUCUGGCGACUGACUUAUCUGCGACAUGAGGAUCCGUUCCUUGUGCGCCAGAAGAACUCCAAGUCAAAAGCCGCGCGACGUCGCAGCUCCAUGCCAACCGCUUUUGCCAGUGCCCCUGGCACACCCGUUCAGCCCAACCUUCGAGAGAGUUUUGGAGCUCCGCUGCCAGGCAAGCGACAAAGAAAGAGUGAGAGGCUAGAAAAACCUAUGGAUCUGGUCUCGUCACUGGAGCAGCAAGACAAAGAAGGCAGUGGUGUCGCGCGUAGGAGUUCUCGUAGAGUUAGCUCCAUGCUGGCGAGAGCUGAUCUGUCAGCGUCUCAUGAGAGAGCUGUUCUACCAGAUCAACCGCUGCUUCCUGGUCAUGUCGGAGCCCGAAGACACGAGUCUCAGGGGAGUCAUGUUCGCCUCAGCGCCAACUACAGUAAUCAGAUCCAUCCUAGUUUGAGCAGUCUGCUGGCUGCACCCUUCUACGAGGGCCUUGAUGAGGGAUUCCACAACAUGGGACUGGACGAUCAUGACUUUGACGGCCUACAACACGAAAUCAUGUUCACCAAGCUUCACGGGGUACCUAUCAACAACUCCAACGUCCGAUAUUCAGCAUCGGAUCAGCCAGCACGUAAUCAAACCAAGGUCUUCAUUCUGGUAGCGCCGCCGUUUGCUAUCGACGGACAUGAUCAGAGCCAGCUCCUUAUUGGUAUCCAAGACGCCGCCGAGAAGCGUCUUCAGCUGCUCACUCUUGAGCUGGGCAUCCAGCGCGGAUUUGAUCAAGGCGCCACCAAGGCAGGAGGCAAGGAACCAUCCGAAGGUGCUACUGUGAUCGCUACCGUCAUUGACCGACGACAAGCUCAAAAUGUCGUUGACUCCUGCAAGCUAGUGGAUGGAGAUCAUUCCGCCAUUCUCAUCCUCUCGGAAUCGAUGGAUGGGCGACACGAGCUUAGCACGCAAGCACCAUGGAGUGUCCUUACCAAGAUCUCGCUAUCGCUUCUCUUUGUGGAUAGCACCAAAAGCUUACAAUACCGCGGCAGAGCGAUAGAGCGAGACGUCAUGCAGCGCAAGUCUGAGAUGAUUGAUUUCUCGAAUGGUAGCAUUGUUGGCGUUCGUCACCCGAGACGAGGGGGUGUCGUCGAUGUCAUCGACACCGAAGGCCGACUUCAUCAACUCCGGAUUCAACUUGAACCACGAUCUCCUCACGUCCGCAGGGUCUUGGAUGUUUGCCGAAGCAUCCUCCCCCAUGCCCUGGGCGAGUAUAUCUACGCAGGAUGGCUUCAUUGCAUGCAGUGGAUUGGGGGCCAACAAGAGCCGCCCCUGGACCUCGAGUGGUCUGCCAUGGUGAUCUUGCUUCUGUCCCUAUUUCUGAGCCUGGGUCGCACAGACACCAAACCAUUUCCUACAACCCGACUUCCGCUGCGAAGAAGGAGGCAUCCUUCCAGCUCCUUCAGUUCGAUAAGGGAAUCAGAGGACUGGAAGACCUUGGAAGCUGGCGAGACCUCCCAUUCCCUCGGCUGUCCGACUUGGAUGAUGAACAGGGGCUGGGAAUGGGGGCUGGAUGAAGAUGCCGAUGGAUCAAUGUCGUCACAGGGAGAUGACGGACCAUCGACAAAGUUCAUAUCGAAGCACAUUGUUUUUGCGAAGGAGUACAUAGUCUCCGGACUUGGUGAAGCAGCCUUUGGCCCCGCGGGAUAUAUGCCCACAUCCCUCAACAAGAGCAUGGAAAGUCGACGAAAGGUUGCUGUGGAUGUGUUUAUGGGCCUGCAUCUUCUUCUUGAGGAAGAAAAGCUGGACAUUAUGACGCCGGAGCUCAGUUCUCCAGGCCGUGCCGACCUUCGAGUUGUCAUGUGUCAAAUUGCCAGGUGGCUCAAAUGGCACGCCUUUUCUUCUAUCUAUGAGUUGGGCAUACAAGAAGACAUUGACCCACAUCAUGACUCUGACCUGAACCUUCGACCUGGAAUUCCUCAGCCUCCUGUACGGCCGGACGUCAUUGACUGGAUUCAAUCACGGCUCACUGGAGACCGUAGAGUUCCUUACAUCACGCCAGCAGACGUGUACUACACCGGCACAAGGUUGUCUGAGGCGGAGAAGCUCCAAGACAAACGAUGGGAGGCCACCGUGCCCCGGACACUCAUGUUCAAGCAGUUCUUCGGAUUUCUCAAACCGAGUACAACUGCUGUCCAAAUGGUGGAAGCUAUGCGAGAUGCUGGCAUCACGCCCCUGGUCCUCGAUUCACUGCCAGAAGCUGUUCUAAUUCCUCUCCGCGAUGCCAUCUCCUUGUGCCAGCCGCACCCUCCCACUUCUUGGUCCAAGGACCUUCUUGAAUUGGUCGAUCGCAAGGACAUCAGCCUCAUCUUGGCACCUGGAAAACGCCCUAAACCUAGCGUUUCCAAGAUUCUGACACCCACACAUAUUGCAACUUGGGAUUACAGGUUGCUAUGCCAAAGCGUGGAAGACGCCAACACACUUGGCUAUGAUGAAGGCGAGGGAACUGAGCGACAGGCUGUGAUUCGUUCCCUCUUCAAAGAAGAUCGACGUCUGAACGAGGCACAGGCCCUGCUUUCUACAAACAAAGCAAGAUUGGUCAGACUCGAUCAUGAUCCCGAGUGGCCAGAAAGCGAAUAUCUUGAGAAGCAAAAGGAGCUUGUAACAAGGAUCGCUACAGGAACACUGGCCAUUCCAGCUGGUCGAGCGCUACUGUAUUACGGUCUGCGUUUCCCGCUGAUCACGCAGAAGUUCCACAUUGGAGGAUUCAACCUUAACUGCAUCGUCAAGCCGACAAACACCACGGUUGGCGUUGACAAGUCACAAUUCUCGGAGGAAAAGGUGUGCUGGAGCUUCUUUCACCAGGGUGCUGCUGCCGGUCUUGCUAUCUCUCCCAAGGCUCAUGGCAUUGAUACAUCCUGGAUUCUGUACAACAAGCCUGGCCAGGAGCUGAACAACCGUCACGCUGGCUUCUUGCUUGCACUUGGCCUCAACGGUCAUCUGAAGGAUGUCGCAAAAUGGGUUGCGUUCAAGUAUCUCACGCCCAAGCAUACCAUGACUUCGAUCGGACUUCUACUUGGCCUGGCUGCUUCAUACAUAGGAACAAUGGACUCCCUCAUCACUCGUCUACUAUCUGUUCAUGCUACGAGGAUGCUCCCCCGGGGAGCGGCAGAGCUGAACCUGUCACCGCUGACGCAGACUUCGGGCAUAAUGGGCAUCGGGCUGCUGUACGCCAACAGUCAGCACCGUCGGAUGAGCGAGAUCAUGCUCUCUGAGAUUGAGCACAUCGAUCAAGAAGACGAGGAAGAACCUCUACGGAGCGAGUGUUAUCGGCUUGCAGCUGGAUUUGCCCUCGGCUUCAUCAACCUGGGCAAGGGUAAUGACCUCAAGGGCUUGCACGACAUGAGGGUCACGGAGAAGCUGAUUUCCCACGCCACGGCAACCAAGAAUGUUGAAAUCGUUCACAUUCUAGACCGUGCGGCUGCUGGAGCUGUCAUGGCUCUUGCUCUCAUCUACAUGAAAUCCGAAGACCAGAUCGUGGCUCGCAAGAUCGAUGUCCCAGACUCGAUCCUGCAGUUCGACUACAUCCGCCCUGACAUUCUUCUCCUGCGGACAGUUGCCAAGAACUUGAUCUUGUGGUCCAAGAUUGAGCCAACUUUCGCCUGGAUACAUAAGAACCUCCCAGGCCCCUAUCGCCAUCGCUAUAAACUUCAAUCCACCACCAAGUUGCGGUCGACUGACCUAGCGUUCCACAGCAUAGUAGCUGGGCUUUGCUUCUCUAUCGCUCUACGCUUCUCUGGUAGCGCCUCUCCGAAGGUUCGGGAUCUCUUGCUAUACUAUCUGGAUCAGUUCAUCCGAAUCACGCGGAUCCCAUCCUCGGCGAACAUGCAUCCUGAAGGCGUUCCGCCAUAUGAUGAAGAGCUGACUCGGUCAAACGCACGUAUGUGUCAAGAUAUUUUGGCUCUUUCUGCUUCAAUCGUCAUGGCUGGUACAGGUGACAUUCCGGUUCUUCGUCGCCUUCGUUCGUUACACGGUCGUGAUGAUCUGGAUACCCCCUACGGAUCCCAUCUCGCUGCUCAUCUUGCCAUCGGAGCCCUAUUCCUGGGAUGCGGUACGGUAACAUUUGGCACGAGUAAUCAGGCCAUUGCCGCUUUGUUGGUUUCUUUCUACCCCAUCUUCCCUACCAGUGUUAUGGACAACCGCUCCCAUCUUCAGGCCCUCCGUCACUUCUGGGUUCUUGCUACGGAACAACGAUGUCUCGUUACCAAGGACGUUCUUACUGGCCAACCAGUUUCCGUCCCUAUCCAGAUCAAGAUGCAGAGCAACACGUCAACAGAGCCUAUCCUCAGUCGCACGGCACCCUGUAUCCUUCCACCAAUCGAUCAGAUUGCUAGCCUGUCAACCGCUUGUGGCCCCCAGUUCUGGAACGUGGAACUCGACUUUUCCAACGAGGAUGUCAGGGACGCUUUCAAAGACACUCAGAGUCUGUAUCUCCGCAGACGUCCACCACGCGAGGGUGCCUUUGCCUCGACGCUCAGGGCACUGGGCAAGGAUGAGAAAGGAAAAGAUCCUCUGGAAUGGGUCUUUGGCCUUGAAGGGCUUCGAGGCAUUAGCCACGCUGAACGAACCGUGGUGCUUGAGCGCGGAGAUGAGACCCCGCAGGUGGGCAGUGCCAUCGACGCGAGGCUCGAGAUGGAGAAGGGUAUCAGUGAAGGUACAGACCGCGAGCGGCUCGAGGGCGCGAGGUUGCUCUUUGAAUGGGCAGGAGUCCGUGACAAGUUACGGCAUCCUAGCCUGUUUGACAGCCAAGAGACCAUUACAGAAUCGCGGGCUCGCGGUGAUUUCGAGGAAGAACAGGAGGAGCAGGAGGCAACUUCGGAAGAUGAAGCUGUCUGGUGGAUGCGGGACAGUGUUGUUGAGAAUCUCAAGGGCAUGGUAUGGCUUGCCAGUCGAGAGAGCGAACAGUGA